UGACACACAACUAUAUAAUAUCCAAACCAACAAAAAUAAAAUUAAAAAUAAAGUUUACUAUUUUCUCACAUAAAUCUAAAAAUAAUUGACACAUAAUAAUCAUAAUCAUAAUAAUAAUGAAAGACUUAAGUCAAUCAUCGACAUCAAGAUAUCAUCAAUUAUCGGCUGACGGCUCAUCAUCAGCAUCGGGCCAGACGGCCGCCGAAUUGUGGCCAAUCGGCGUCAAACUUGGUAUCGUACGAUUAGGACGGGUAGCCGGAAAGCUCAAAUAUACGCUAUUAGAUGAACGAGACAUUGUGUUGGCCCGAGAGUAUAGUUUUGAAGCUCGCUUGGAGAUCGACCGCAAUGGUAACGGUGCCGUCAUAUAUGCCGUAGCCUUUACCACCACCGCCGCCAAUGGCCAACAGCGUCGGGGAGGCCGCCAAUCGACGACUGCACGCUAUCUCCAGGACCUGAUCUGGGAGUCACACUACGGACCGAUACCCCAUCGGACACGUGUCGUCCAUCGUAACUGUAUAUCGAUGGACAACCGUCUGGACAAUCUGUGUGUCGUUCCCAUCGGCGACGGCUCUCAUCUCUGGUAUAACUGUCUAUUGAGACAACACAACCACCACCACCAACAACAACAGUUAAACCAUCAGCAGGAGAACCAACACCAUCAACAACAACAACCACAACAACAAUCAAAUCCGCAAAACAAGUCAUCACCAAAUAAUCAUCAAAUGACACUAUACUGGGCAGCCAUUCAACAGUUGCCGCCCGAACACAUCCAUACAGAGUUACAAUUAGACAACAGUACUAUCAAAUCAAUGGAUGUUAAUGGAGAUGUCAUCGUUGAGGACGACGAUAUGGCCUAUUAUGAGUGUCAUUACGGUCCGUGUUGUCGGCUUGAGAGUGAACCGAAACAAUUUUCGAUAUGUGGCCGCUGCCAACUGACCCGAUAUUGCGGUACACAGUGUCAGCAGCGGGACUGGCCAUCGCAUAAACGAUACUGUCGUGAAAAACCCAAUAAUAAUAAUCGGCAACAAAGAGUUGGACAACAAUUAUCAUCGCAACAAACACUACAACAACAGCAGCCGAUAAUUGACCAAAAUUUGGCCACAAAUUCAUUUAUCAUCGAUAGAUAA